AUGGCGGAACUGAAAGAGCAAAAGCAAUCAUCGUCUUGGAAAGAUGUUGUGAAUCUCAAACGCGCUGCACGGCUCGCCGCUGUAGAGCCAUACCUUGAGCUGGAGAUCGCGCCUACCGACCCUAUCACCGACCUCAGCGACGUGGACGAACUUGCAAAGCUCAUAAGUGAUCGAAAGACAAACUGUCUGACCGAGAUAGUAUUCGAGGCCGCGAUUCAAAGAGCUCGCAGUUUAGACAAGUACUACGAACUUAAUGGCAAGACGAUAGGUCCGCUUCAUGGGAUCCCCAUCACUUUCAAAGAUCAGUUUAACGUCAAAGGGGUAGACACAACCAUAGGCUAUGUCGGAAUGGCUGGGAAGCCAGCUACGGAUGAUGCAGCGGUGCUCAAAGUUCUGCAAGGUUUAGGAGCGAUAGUUAUUGCGAAAACGAAUCUGCCGCAGAGUAUAAUGUGGUGCGAGACGGAGAAUCCGUUAUGGGGCCUCACAACUCAUCCACUCAAUCCGGCAUUUACUCCCGGUGGAUCUACAGGAGGAGAAGGUGCACUUUUGGCAUUACGUGGUUCUAUUGUAGGCUGGGGUACUGAUAUCGGAGGCUCGAUCAGAAUACCAAGUUCUAUUAACGGGUUAUACGGAUUGAAACCUAGUAGUGCUCGUAUGCCAUAUCAGGGAGUACCUGUUUCCACGGAAGGCCAAGAGCAUAUCCCAUCAGCCAUUGGACCCAUGACUAGAAGUCUGUCUUCGAUGACCACAAUUACCAAAGCUGUUAUCAAUGGACAGCCAUGGUUUCUUGAUCCAAAAGUCGUGCCUAUACCGUGGCGUGAUUCGAUGUACGAGGAAAUUCAAAGUAGACCGCUUGUCAUUGGUAUCCUGCUUGAUGAUGGCGUGGUUAAAGUCCAUCCUCCUAUCGAGCGAGCUUUGAAAGAGCUUGCUGCGAAACUGGAGGAAGCGGGCCACGAACUUGUCACUUGGGAACCGUCACUGCACAAAGAGUGUAUAGAUAUCAUGGACCGAUUCUACACAGCUGAUGGAGGUGAAGAUAUUCGCCGCGCUGUUGAAGCUGCUGGAGAGCCAUUUUUACCCCACGUUGAAGGCCUGAUAAAUAGAGGAAAACCGAUAUCAGUGUACGAAUACUGGCAGUUGAACAAGGAGAAGAUUACGGCCCAAAAGGCAUAUCUGGAUAAGUGGAAUUCGGUCAAAGGCCCUAUUUCUGGACAGGUUGUGGAUAUUCUGUUAACCCCCACGAUGCCUCAUUCAGCUGUGCCCCAUCGAACAUGCCGUUGGGUUGGAUAUACGAAGAUCUGGAACGUGCUGGACUAUACAGCGCUUGCUUUUCCUGUCAGCACGGUUUCAGCGGAGAAAGAUCCCGUUCCUUCGACUCUAUAUGAGCCGAGGAGUGAGCCAGAUGCCUGGAAUUGGAAUUUGUAUGACCCUGUGACUAUGGAUGGGCAUUCUGUAGGCCUUCAGAUUGUGGGGAGAAGAUUUGAGGAGGAAAGGGUCCUGGGAGCUGCCAAGGUCAUCGAGAAGGUGAUGGGAAGAUGA